AGGCCAAAGAUCGAUCGCAGAGACUCGAUUAAAUUUUCUUUAGUGAGAUUCACACAUCAACAAGGUGUCAUCAAUCGAUCAAAUUCACGUGUUUAACCACGGAUUUCAUGCGUUCAUAAAACAUAUCUUUACACACCAAGUUCGAUACAUAUCGGAUCACCAAGAUCGAUCAAGUGAAGAUGUCACCAGGACUAGGUGUAACCUUGAUUGCCACCUUAGCGUUGGUCAUUCAGGGCGAGCUAUCUCAAAAUUAUCAGGUAACCAUGGCGAUGUCUGACGAAAGUUUUGAUUGGCGGAAAUUUGGUGUCAUCACGCCCGUGUAUGACCAGGGCAUGAUGGACAAUGUUAUGGACUUUGUUAUUACAGAGGGCAUGGAGAGUGUUCUGGCUAUUCAGACCAAGACCAAGGCCAUUCACCUCAGCGUGGAGGAGGUGGGGGCGUGCUGCGAUAACGAAGGUCACCAGCCCAAGUACCCCGGGUUCGACUGCAUCAAGGUCAUAGGCGGGUUGUGUACCCCUGAGACGUACCAGAACGAUACCGGAAGUUGUAAUAACCGGAAGUGUAAGCCGGUGGUCAAGGUGACCGGAAGUGGUUACAUCCCCGCAGGUCGUGAGGACUUCAUGCUAAAGGUCAUUCACACCACACCUAUAGUAGCUCUAGUUGAUGCCAGCCAGCAGUCUUUCCAGACCUACACUGCCGGGGUGUACUCGGACCCCAGAUGUAGCUCCACCCAGGUGGAUCACGCCGUACAGGUGGUGGGGUAUGGGUCAGAUGGGGGACUGGACUACUGGAUCGUCAGGAACACCUGGGGUGUCGGUUGGGGUGAGCAAGGCUACAUGAGGAUCUUACGUGGCAAAAACAUGUGUGGUAUUGCGGCAUUCUCAUUUUACCCAUUGUUCAAGCAUGCCUGAAACAACACACACGAAAUAUUACAACAUGAUUUUUAAUUUAUUUCCAAGAUUCGAUUUCAUCAUUGAGGUUUACUAUAUCUCCUUAUAAAAAAAAAAAGCUUAGUAUUCAAAUUAAUGGAAUUCACUUAUUCAGUAGGU